GUUACUGCAUUGCAGCCAACUGUAUCAACGUAAAAGUUUAGCUCGGAAGUGACAGGAGCAGAAAAUCACAUAAAAUAUAGGCUUCAAUUUGGAGCAUCAAGGUGCAAUUAGGCCGGAAGUCGUUGGGCGUUUACUCUGUGGUCUUGUCGGAUUGUGUUAUUUUUUCUGACACUUGCAUAAAAUAAUGGCGGCUCCAUCAACCGGUGUGGUGGUACCGAGGAAUUUCCGACUUCUCGAAGAGUUGGAAGCAGGACAGAAAGGCGUCGGUGAUGGCACCAUCAGCUGGGGUCUGGAGAACGACGACGACAUGACCCUAACCCAUUGGAACGGUAUGAUCAUUGGGCCACCGCGCACCCCCUACGAGAACCGCAUGUACUCGGUGAAGAUUGAGUGCGGCCAGAGGUACCCGGACGAUGCCCCAGUCGCGAAAUUCAUCUCUAGAAUUAAUAUCAAUUGUAUAAACACAUCGACUGGAGUGGUUGACAACAGGAGUGUCCCAGUACUGGCUAGGUGGCAACGAGAUUACACUAUUAAGACUGUGCUGCAGGAGUUGAGGAGAUUAAUGACGUUGAAGGAGAACAUGAAGCUGACACAGCCUCCAGAGGGCAGCUGUUUUUAGCAACUCUUAUGAAAGUGUGCAGCUUCAAUUUGCUACUUUCAACCUAGACAGUAGUUGAAAACACAAAAUCAGGCGGCAUUCUUAUAUCUCUUGUUGUUUUUUUUUUUUUAAUUUGAAUCAAUUUGCCUGUAUUAUUUUAAGCCAAACUAAGCUUUUAUAUAUAUGUUACAAUAAUAAUAAUCCCCCACCCAUACAAGGUAAGGUAAAUUAUGUUAAAAAUAUAUGAUACACACUCGAUAUAAUUUUACUUAAUGCACCCAAGUUACCCCCCAAUACAAGCCCUUGCAUAAUAUCUUUUGUUCGAGAGGGUCGCAAACCCUCCAAAAUUAGGUUUACACAAUAUGUAAUUUAGUUUGUUAUAAUACUUGUUCGAUUGCCGCCUCAAAGCCAUACACACUUUCAGGCAGUACAGCUACUAAUGUAUAAUUUACUUUAUUUUUUUAAUCCUUCCUCCUAUACCUUUCGCAACACCCCCGAGAAUUAAAUAAAUAAUUUUUAAAUCUAG